UCCAAUCUCUCUCUCUCUCUCUCUCUCUCUCUUUUGCUUGCUUGCUUGCUUGCUUGCUUCGGAGCCGAUAAACUCGGCUGCUUCUUGUUCGUUCCCAAGGCGGCGUUCUUGGCCUUGUUGCCCAGGUCGGAGGAAUAUUGUUGUGCUAUGUGCCCCAGAAAAGACACAAGCCAAGGCAAGACAAGCCAAGGCAGGGCAGGGCAGGGCAAUGGGCAAUGGGCAAUGGGCAAUGGGCAAUAAUAAUAAUGGGCGCUUGCUUGCGCUUUGGUUCUGUCAUCCAUGCAUGGUUGGUUUGGUUGAACAUGGGUAAAAAAACAUGUAAAUAGCUGAUCUCCCCCGUUGUCGCCUCCCUCCGACUGUCCCCUGUCGCCGUCCCUUGAUCCUUUCUUCCUUGCUUUUGGCGCCAUCUUCGCGUAUAAUAUUUCGUGUCCUCUGUUAUGAGCCUUGCCCCCCCCCCCCCCUCAACAAGGGCCUUCGAGUUAUGGCUUAUAAUGAUGCUGCGGAUAACCCGGACGCGGCUAGGAGCAAUUGGACAGAUGUAUCGAUUUCAGGGAAGGCAGAUUUAAAGGAAAUCGAUCAUUAUGGCGACAGCGACGGCCCCGAGCCGACGGAACACGAGCUGGAUACCCUCAGGCGCAUUCCUGACAAAGUUCCCUGGAUCUGCUUCACCGUUGCUUUCGUCGAGUUAUGUGAACGGUUUGCCUAUUAUGGAACCACAAUCGUCUUGACCAAUUUCGUCCAGCAACCGCUCCCGGAAGGAUCUACUACCGGAAACGACCCUAGAUCCAAUGGCCAACCUGGAGCUCUCGGCAAGGGUCAACGAGCUUCCCAGGGAAUGGUAUUGUUCAAUAAAAUGUGGUCGUAUUUUGCUCCCCUCUUCGGCGGCUACUUCGCUGAUACGAAAUGGGGAAAAAUGAGAACCAUUCAAUACUCUAUUGCUCUUGCUAUGUUUGGCCAUAUCAUCCUUAUCGUUUCCGCUCUUCCUCCCGUCAUUCAGCAUCCCGAUGGAGCUCUGGGAUGUCUCGCCAUUGGCCUUCUGGUUUUCGGUGCUGGCGUGGGUGGUUUCAAGCCUAAUAUUUCCCCGCUCAUGGUUGAGCAAUUGAAAUAUACGAAGAUGCGCGUCGUUGAACGGAAAGGCGAAAAGAUCAUCCUGGACCCCGCUCUCACUACGCAGCGUGUUUUCAUGUAUUUCUAUCUUUGCAUUAACAUCGGUUCCAUCGUUGGUCAGGUUACCAUGGUCUACGCCGAGCGCUACAUUGGUUUCUGGCUCUCCUUCACACUCCCUACUGUAAUGUUCUGCUUCUGCCCUCUUGUGCUGGGAGUGUUCCACAGCAGAUACGUUCACUAUCCGCCGACCGAAUCCGUCCUAGGAAACGCCGUGAAACUUAUCAGGUUUGCUUGCAAGGGGAAAAUCUCCUGGAACCCUAGAAGAACUAUUCGUAACCUAGGAUCGCCGGCUUUCUGGAACGAUGUCAAGCCUUCAAACGUCGCAAACAAGCCCAAGUGGAUGACUUUCGACGAUGCUUGGGUUGAACAAGUGGCCAGAGGAACCAAAGCCUGUUUGGUGUUUGCGUAUUAUCCACUCUUCUGGUUGGCGUACAAUCAAAUCGACGGGAAUCUCACCUCCCAGGCUGCAACAUUGGAGCUUCACGGCGUCCCGAACGAUCUCAUCAACAACCUCAACCCACUUGGGAUUGUCAUCAUGAUUCCGAUUUUGGAUUUAAUUGUUUAUCCGUGCCUGCGUUUCCUUAAAAUUCGCUUCUCCCCGCUGCGACGGAUGGCGGCUGGUUUCUUUAUUGCCACUUGUGCGAUGAUCUGGGCUGCCGUUGUCCAACAUUUCAUCUAUACCACAGGUGCUUGCGGGAGAUACAUGAAUACCUGCCCUACUCCUGCUCCAAUAAACGUCUGGGUCCAGGCUGGCUCGUAUGUUCUCGUUGGUCUAUCCGAGAUCAUGGCUUCGAUCACUGGCCUUGAAUAUUCGUACACCAAAGCGCCUGCCAACAUGAGAGGAUUGGUUUUCGGUUUCUACCACUUCACCAGCGCUGUAUCAGCGGCCCUUGGUCAAGCCUUCGUGUCCGUUUCUGAGGACCCCCUCCUCGUCUGGAACUACACUAUUGUUGCCAUUAUCGCCUUCUUUGGUGGCGUUGUCUUCUGGUUCACAUUCAGAGGUCUCGACAAGAUGGAAGAGCAAAUGAACAUGAUCCAAGAAUCGGAGUACCGAGGCCUUGCAGGGGCAGACGCCGAUGCCAAGGUUCUCGACGACGAAUUGAAAUCAUAAUCUACCACCCGUCUCGUUUCCUUUGAUAAGUUUUUCCCCCUCUCUUCGUAUGCGGCUUCCUCCUCUCUUUCCCUCCUCUUCUUUUUAUUCCUUUUUAUUCCUUUUAUUCCAUACCUCUCGAAGAGAGCGGAGGGGACAAAAAUGCGUUCGAGUAGUAGCGAAUAUACCCCACUUUUUGCUACCUCUGCCUGCUCUGCAUAUAUUCAUGCGCAUGCGCCGACAAUACCACUUUUAUUGAUCUUUCCAACACUCCUUUUUAAUAACUCUGAAAAUUUUUAAUGCGAGAAAACUAGCGUGGGCGCAGAAUUUUCGGCAUGAGUUCUUUUUACUCUGUCAUCUAUAUUAUUAGCUAGUUUUUAGGUCCAACCCUCCCACCCCCCCCUGCCCCCCGGUUAUCUCCUUGUCUAGCCGCGAGGCCACAGUUAGUGCAAUACCAUUAGUGUAUCAACUAAGCUAUUAGUUCAGAAGUAGUUACCAAUCAAUAAUUUCUCAUACUACUCUACUCCGUACUGUGUAAAUUCUAUGCAAAUCUGUGUUUUCUGCUCUAUGCUUGUAUAUGAUGUGUUCUCACUGCCAACUUUCUCAUUCAUCAUCAUCAAAUUUCCCUGUCAUUCACUCAAACUUGUGUGUCUGAUGUCAGUAUAAAAGAAAGAGAGCAAGGGAGAAUAAAGAUAGAGCUUCAAGAUCAAAGAUCUGGUUAUACUGUAUGUAAUAAUAACAUUCCUAAGGUUAAGUUAGGUCAAAUAGGGUUACAUAAAUUACACUAAAAUUUAACACGCCAAUUUAACCAGUAGAUUACGCGUAUUUAAUACACUAAUGUACAAGGCGUAUGAGGAGUUCAU